CACGGUUGCUGACAUUUAUAGAAAUUUAACUACAUCCCAGCUCUGAAAUAAGAUUUAAAAUGAAAUUAAACAAUGAAACUGAGACGUUGAUUAAGCGUCUCUAAUUCAUUUUAUAACAAUACAGCAGCUGAUACUUCCUGCACGUUUUCAAGGAUAAGUUUUAGCAGGCGGCUCACUGUCAAUAUGGAUAAUCGCUGCUUCGGUUGUGCCUCUAAAUUCACCCUCUUUAGAAAAGAGCUUGGCUGCAAAAACUGUGGACGUUCAUUUUGUUCAGGGUGUCUUACAUACAACGCUUUGGUGCCACGGUAUGGCAAUACACAGCAGAAGGUCUGCAGGCAAUGUCACGGGAACCUCACGGGAGGGGAAAACCAAAACAGUGCAGGAAGAUGGUCACCACCUGAGAACUACAAAAAGCGAGUUGCUUUGCUGGAGGCAAAACAAACGAAACAGUCUCAGCCUAUGAAACAUGGAGGUGGAAAGAGCAGUGCCUCUGACUCUGUUCCAACCAGGGGUUUAAGCAAAGAGGACCUUGCCAUAGCAGAAAGACUGCAGAAGCUGAAACAGGACACUAAGCCAAAAUCUGUCCCAUCUGAGAGGGAAAUUGAGUCUCGCCUAGCCGCCUUGAAGGCUCCUGACCUGCCAGUGCCUUCAGCUGAGGAGAUGGCAGACCGUCUGGCAGCUUUGCAGGGAAGACUUCCUCCCUCACAAGCUCCUCCACCAGUUCAUCAACCGCCUGUCAGCAGAACCCAAACAGAACAGACCAAUGAUUUACUAACUCAACUGACUGAAGAAGUGGCUAUUGACAAUCAGGGUCCAGCAUCACAGGGUACAGAAGGCCUCUUAAAUGAUCUCAACAAGGAACAAGGAGGGGUUUUAGAUGAGAACCUGGAUGGUAAGCCGUUGUCACUUAAGGAGCUAGAGGCAGAAAAGAAUCGCUUACUGGCAGAAGCUCGUGAGGAGUUACAGAAGGAUUAUCACGACAAAGAGCAGGUCCUGCAGAUGGCCAAGAGGCUUGCUGUGCUGAAAGACCAGGACCCUGACAAAGUGGCGAUGGAAGACUUCCAGCAACCUGACAGUGACGAUGACAAUGAGGAGGAGGCAGUCAAAAGGAUAUUGAAGAUGAUAUCAGAGGAAGUUACAUUGGAUGAGGCCAGUGGUUUCAACAUCCCACCAGAUCAAAGCAUCCCCCAGAAUCUGAAGAAAACUAACUCAAGCAAAAAAACGACAGCAACAAAAGCGCAUAAGUCAAAGACCCCAGCUGUGGCUCAGAAAUUAAACAGAAAGAGUGAUAGUGAUCCUGAUGAUGAUGAUGAUGAUGAUGAAGAACUGCCCUGGUGUUGCAUCUGUAAUCAGGAUGCCACUAUCCGUUGCCACACCUGCGACCAAGACCUGUACUGCAACCGUUGCUUCAGGGAAGGCCAUGAUAAAUAUGAUCGAAAGGAGCACCGCACCUCUGCUUAUACAGCACCUAAAAAAAAGAAGAAAACGUGAGUUUCAACAAUGAGUAAUCAGAGGUUUCUGUAACUUGUUUAUGUGUUGCACUAUACCUUUAAACACCUGGCCAAUCUUAUGUGACCUUUGUAAAAUCUCAAAUGGGCAGGUACUCAUAGCCAAUAAAAUGAUCAGCACAGGCCAUGUAAAAAUAUUAGAUAUAUUGCAGUUGUAGUCUAAUAGUAAGGAGCUUGUUUUUACUCAUAAUUAUCAUCAGUGUUUCAAAGGUUGUCUGGAUGUGUUUCGAAUGAAUGUAGAAUAACUGCUUACAUACUGUUCACACAUAAAGUGAAUGCUUCAAAGCUGAUUUGUUACAUGGUAGUAUAACUGGUAAAAGGCUGUCAAUACAAACUGUAUGAUGUUCAGUAAAUUAACCUUUGAACUGUAAUUAUGUUAUCAUGUUAAAGCUG